CAACAUUUAGAUUCUUCAGACACUAGAUGGCGCCUGAGGUCAAGGAAAGAAGUCGGGUUUCAGAAAAAUAAAUAUGUCUGUCGUCGGCGUCGACGAGAAACAAGUUAGUGCCUUAAUACGAAGGCACGAACAAGUGAAAAGAUGGGAAGAUUCAGAUACAAAUUUAGAGCCUGUGUCACCCAAGAAGGACUCAGUAAAAGUAAAAUUUCAAGAUGGCUGUGUUUUUUUAGCAGCUUGUUCGAGCGGUGAUAAAGAGGAGGUUAAGAAACUUUUACAACGGGGUGCAGACAUCAAUACAGCUAACGUUGAUGGACUAACAGCCUUACACCAGGCCUGCAUUGAUGACAAUAUUGAGAUGGUGGAGUUCCUUGUAGAACAGGGUGCUGAUGUAGAUGUAUGUGACAAUGAAGGCUGGACUCCUUUACAUGCUACUGCUUCCUGCGCUUUUACAGAGAUAGCAAGAUACUUAAUCAAACAUGGUGCAAAUGUAGCAGCAGUUAACAAUGAUGGAGAUCUGCCUUCUGAUAUUGCUGAAAAUGAUGAAAUGGAAAAAUUAUUGAAAGAUGAAAUGAAAAAACAAGGAAUUGAUGAAAAUUCUGCAAAAUGUGAAGAAGAACAGCGAAUGUUAGAAGAUGCUAAUAAAUGGUUGAAAGACAAAAAUGUUGAGGAGAUUAAGCAUCCUAAAACUGGAGCUUCAGCCCUACAUGUAGCUGCUGCCAAGGGAUAUUUGAAAGUUAUGAGUCUACUGUUAGAAGCUGGAGUUGAUGUUAAUGCUGAGGAUUUCGAUGGAUGGACCCCAUUACAUGCAGCGGCUCACUGGGGUCAGGAAGAAGCCUGUAAACUUUUAGUUGAGAAUAUGUGUGACAUGGAGCAUAAAAACAAAGCUGGUCAUACAGCAUUUGAUUUGGCAGAUAAAGAUAUGUUAACUUUAUUAGAAGAGCUGAAAGAAAAACAAACAUCAUAUAAAAAUCGUCAUGAAACUGAUAAAGAAAUCAUAUUGCCACCUGGUCAUGUUAUAAAAAGAAGAAGCUCUGUAACAAGGAUGAGUGGUGACCAGAAGCAAAAUGUUAUACAGCGUACAUCUGAAGAGGAGCGUGUUGCAUUAUUAUCCAUUCAUCCAUCUAAGAAUGAAGAUAAGACUGCUAACAGUAUAUCAUUGGAUGAGUCUGAAGAAACUGAAACAGAGCGCAAAAAUGAAAAAAAUAAACAAGUGUCCCAACAGAUCCAACCACCAACAUGUAUCACCAACACAACUACUACUUCCUCCUGGCAAAGAACUGCCAUUUUAACAUCCCUUCCCCCUAGUGCUGAGAUCAGGAGGCCAGAUAUGCCCAAAAUAGAAGAAGUCUCUGAAACAGAAAGACCAACAGUUGUAUCAACUUCUGUAUCAGUAACAGUUACAACAGCUCCAUCUAUAAAUACUGUCCCUUCUGUAACUGCUUCCAUUAGUAGCAUCACAACAUCAUCAGAUACUGCUACAACGGCUGUUCUGUCUUCUAAGCCUACUGUCAGUAUUUCCAAAGUGGAGAGCCUUGCUGACCCCACAAGUGAUGCCUCUAUACAAUUGCGUCAAAGGCGAUCUCGUCUCAUGGGUCACAGAUCCCUUUUCUUUUCAUCUCCCAUAGAAUCUCCAGAGAUACCCAUCAGCUCAGUUAGUAAUACUGGACGAGACUUGGUGUCCAGAUCUAUUAGUGUUCCAGCUCGCCUUCCUACGGAAAAGGAUGAUAUGCCAACACCAGUCUCAACUGCCACUGACAAUGUGCCUUCUUGGCGACAGGGAUUGCGGAAGACGGGCAGUACCUCAAUGGUACAUGAACGGAUGUCAGAAAAUGAAAGUAAUUCCCUUCCACGGUCAGCGUCAAGCCCUCGGCUGGCGCAGGAUGCUAGAUUAGAACUACUGCAGGAACGUCUAGCCAACCGUAGACCUUAUUCCAGCACUGGUGGAUCAGUAACAACAGUGACAACAUCAACUAUGUCAACUGUUACUGAUAAAAUUGGAGAUAGAAACAGUUACACCUUUGGUCAGAACUACACAGGGCUCAGGACUAAUCGCUUAAGCAACUAUGUGCCAUCUUACCAGGCACGACAACAAAGAGAAGCCAAUGCAAACUCAGAAGACAAACAGGGUUUGUCAGAAUUGGGUCGUUUACGAGAUCGUAAUUCACUAACUGGGUUGAGCAGUACUAGCAGUUCUCCCUCCCCAAUUCCUGCCAGUUCCGCUACAACUUCACCUAGUACCAAUAUCAACUCACUGAACAGAAGGUCUUUUGAGCCACCAAAAAGAGAUGAAGAAACAGAAACGCAACGCAAAGCUCGUGCUAAACAUGCUCGACAAACUCGUAGAUCAACACAGGGUGUUAGUUUAGAGGAUAUUGAAAAAGCUGAAGAAGUGCUACGUUCAAAUGAUCCAUUGAAUCCCACAUCUACCUACACAUCUACAUCCAGAACUUCAGUUAGUACCAAAGAUAAUGGAGUUGUAAGUAAUGGUCAAAGUGUCACAACUGGCAUUGCUACCACUACUACCACAACCAAUUCUUCUUGUGAUAACCCUACUAAAGAAGAUUCUUCUGUUAUCUCAGGAUAUCGAUUGCGCACAAGUGAAGAUAAAAGUGAUGCUGUAGAUUCACCAGUAACUAGAAGUUUUAGAAGAGCAAGGGAAGACAAAGAUCUCACUUCCUCUUCAAAUACAUCUACAGAUAUUACUUCAAACUAUAUCCCACGAAGUCAAAGAAAUAGUGCCAUUUUGUCCAGUGAGCCUAGUUCAUCUAUCACAUCUAGUCAAAGUUUACUAAGAACAUCAUCAUUACGUACAAAUCGGGUUAGAAACUGUGAAACUGACUCUAUACAAACUCCAAAAGCUGAGGAGGAAUCCAGAAAUGAUGACAGUUCCUUAGAAAAAAAAGAUGAAAAGAAAGAAUCUUCUUCUAUUCGUUCUCGAAGACAGAGAAGGGAAAGGCGAUCAACUGGAAUAGUCUAUGAUAAUGAAGAAGGAGAGCUAAGCAAAGAGAAUAAACCUGAAGAAGAUAAAUCUGAUAAUUUAGGGUCAUCAAAGUACAGUUCAAGAUUCAGCUCAAAUUCUGAUGCUCCGUCCUCUGACCGCACUCAGCGUCCUACUUCUUAUUCAGAAUACUCUCGAUCUACUGGUUCUCUAGACAUAGAUUAUAAAAAGAAAUAUGAAGAUGAGAAGAGUGAGAAUGAAAGAUUGAGGAAAGAAUUGGAAGAAACAAAGAAAAGUCUUCUUGAUGCUAAAGCAGAAUUGGAUAAAGUGUUAAAACAAAGAGAAAAGGAGCAACCAAGAAACUCAGAACGAGACAAGCGCACACUUGAAAGAAAAAUAUCUGAAAUGGAGGAAGAACUUAAGUCAAUGGAGAAAGUUAAAGCUGACAACAUCAAACUUAAGGAAGAGAACCGGGCUCUGACCCGAGUUGUUGCCAAACUUUCUAAAUAGAAAAUGGAUGCCUUGAAAGCAGACAACCAGAGGUUAAAGGAUGAGAAUGGGGCUUUAAUUCGUGUCAUUAGCAAACUAUCAAAGUAGCUGUGCUAUCAAUGUCUUUUACUGCUGUCCUGACUUAAUUCUGUGUUCCCUAGCUGUCUUUCUUUCCAAUACUGGCAAAGACUAUAAAAUAUCUAGAGAGUUUUCAGCAUUUUAUUUUUUUUUUAUUGGAACUACUAUACUUACAAGUAUAUUUUGUCAAACCUAAAAAGUCGGUUUUUAUAAUGGGACAAAAUCCAGUGCAAUGUGUACCUGACACAGGUGUACACACACACACACAAAUGUGUAUUGAAUGUUUGUUGAAAUUGAACAUUUGAUCCCAAAGCUACUUAAGAAAUAAGACUCAUUCUACUUCUGACUGAUAGGGAUGACACUCCAGCAAAUUGUUUUGAUUACAAUUCUAAUCCAUUAGUCAAGCUUGUGUUUUGCAUUGGGAUACUUGUCAAUGUUACUUCAGAUAUUGUUUAGAAUUGAGUACAUUUUGUUUGUACCACUUAGUGCCUUCUGUCCCAUCUUCAAACAAAGUCUCUGUACAUAGUUCAAGAACAAAAAUGAGAGGUUUUUGUUAAGGCUUUUGUGUCAACAGAAUGUGCUGCAGAUGUUGUGUUUGAUAGUGUUUAGUACUAAAGGAUUCAGUCAUGUUCACAUUUUUCUUUAUCCCCUAAUUUAUUUGUCAGAUUUUUAGUUCUGGAUUGGCUGUGCAUUAUUAUUGUAUUUAGACACUUCAUUGAUCUCAAGCAAUAAGUAUAUAAUGUAUUGAUGUGUGUCUCAUUGCUUGUAUUUCUUGGUAUGUGCUGUGGAUCACUCCUGAGUUAGGUAUUGUUUAAAUUAAGCAAUCGAUUCCAGUAGGUGAUCUUGUGCUAUUAGAAAUUGUUCUAAAGCAUGCUCAUAUUUUAUUAAUAUUUUACUAGAAAGAAAAAAACAUUUAGUUUGUGCAAACCCAAACAUAGUGGAGAUACAAAGACUGUAUAAGUACUACCUUAAAUUUAUGUCACUUCUUAAAUGUGUGUUGGUUUAAAGUGUCUAUAAAUACUGUAUAUAGUCGUGUACAUAAAUACACUGUAGGUGGACAUUGAAAAAAGGAAAAAAAAAACGUAGUCCAUUUUUAAAUGGACAUAAAACAUAAUUAGGAAACUUUUUCAUUGCAGAUGGGUGUUUGAGAUUAGCAAGAAAGCAAGUAGGAACUUAAUCUUAUAUGCACCAAUGCAAGCAUUGUGAAUGAUUCAUUCUUCUGUUUGUUCCCAAUGACUAGUUUACCCAAAGUAAGAUGAGUAUGUCCAUUAGAUGUUUCCAUCCCUAUUCUAAGUUAGCUCUCCUUCCCAGAUCCUUGUUCAAAGAGUAGAAGGAUUGGCUCACACCAGGUUGUGUCUAGAGUGGCUGUAAGAAGCUAGUCAGAUUGGGUUGGGAGGGAAACAUUGAACAUGAUCUAGUAGACGUUACAAGAAGAGAGCAUUUAGAUGACUCAUUGUACAGUUUGGAAUGAAUAGCUUGUUGUUUUUUUUUUUCUUUGUUAUUGUGUAGUUGUGUGUUCUUACAAUUGAACUUGUUUGUUAAGCCACUCUCCAAAUAGUUUACUUGCACUCAUUUAUUGCUUUGGUUUGAGAUCAAUGAAUGUAUGACAUAUACAUAUAUAUAUAAAUAUAUAUAUAUAGUUAUCUCUCUCUAAUCUAUACAUACAACGUGUAUGAGAAUUCUAUAUUUAAUACUAUGUGUGCGGGCCAUUGUAAUCAAUGGUUACUUUUAAUUAAUGGACUUGUUCUGAUGUUUUUGUUUGUAUUUUUUUUACGAAGAGCCUACAUGAUUGUGUGACAAUGAUGGUAUGGAGCUGGUGUAGUGUUUUCAACUUAGUCAUUGUAACAUCAACUCUUUCAUUUAGUACAGUUUCUCUUUAGAAUCACUAGUUGAAUAUUUCGUUUUAGAUCUUUUGACAAGCUAAUUCUAGAUUGAUUCCAUACCAGUGUACUAGUUCACUUAAGUUUCAUGCAACUAUUGCCCAUGUGUAUAACUGUCAAUUCUUCUCUCAGAGCAUCAACUUAGCUUGUAAUGAUCUAAAUUGGUUAUAAAUAAAAUGAAGUUUUCAAUUCGAA